AUGGAAAUCAUCAUAGAAUGGAAUGUUAUUGCAUUGCAAAGCACAGCACAUGAGUUUCUUUAUUGUUAUUGCUGUGUUUUUAACAAUAAAUUUACAGGUGGUGAUGGUGCUAAUAAACUAAAUGAAGUUGGUACACCGAUAAAAAUGAGAUUUUUAUUAGUCAUUUUAUUAUCAUUAGCUAUUGUUAAUGCACAAUCUCCAACUGUAACAAAUUAUAUUGGUACUAUGACCAACUCCACUGCUGGUGCCACUGCAAAUCAAAAUGUUGGAACUGCCAAUCUCGAUAUUACCAAUUACAAUCCACCAUUUGGACUCAAUUACACCAUUAUAGUUGUACACAACCAAACUGUUCCUGCUUCCGGUACAUAUGCCUUCACUUUCCACGGACUCGGUCAAACCGAUAACAUCGAUCUCCCAUGUGCCACCUUCACUACUAGCGCUGCCGGUCUCACCUGUGUCGGUUCACUCAACACCACCGAAGCCAAUGCCAAGAUCGUCUCUGACGUCUUGGGUUCAUCGAACCUUGGUAAUGGAACCAUUUACGUCACCUACUCUGAGCAAACCGUCGAAUACGGUAGAGCCCUUUUGACCGUCCGUGGACCAACCAACAACGCCACCACCGGUGCCUCUGGCAGCCCAACUGGAAACACCACCUCUUCACCAACCUCAUCGGCAUCGGCCACCUCUGCCACCGGUACUCCAUCAACUGCCAACAGUUCAACCACCGCCACUACCGGUACCACUGGUGCUGCCUCACAACUCAUUCCAACUGCCUUUGUUGGUCUACUCUUAAUCUUAUUGGCAGUCCUUUAA